UAAAUAGCCGUUUAUCAGACUAAACUGUGUCCUAAUUAUAACAAAAUUGAUGCUUGGGUCACCACACUCAGAGUUAUGAUUUAUGAGUUGUAGAAAACAAUGAUGAGUGCUAAACUGCUAACCUUUUUAACAUUCUUCGGUAUAGUCGCCAAGUUGUUUGCCGACGAUGCUGUUAAGGUUUCUGUUUACUACGAGACGCUAUGCUCAGACAGCAGAGCAUUUAUAACCAACCAGCUCUACUCCACUUAUAAGUCCAUUGGAUCCGAUAUUAUUGCUUUGGAACUGAUACCCUAUGGAAAUGUUUUCGAGAUAAACACAACGGGCACCGUGGUGUACAGUUGCCAACAUGGUCCACAGGAAUGUUAUGGGAAUAAAGUCCAUGGUUGUGCCCUCACAUUGUUUCCACUAGAUGACACACUCAACUUUAUAAACUGUUCAGAAGCCGCUUGGACCCCAGUGGCCAACGACACACUUCACCAGUGCGCCAUACAAGCUGGUAUAUCAUGGGCCCGCAUAGAACAAUGUUUUUCCAGCGGCGAAGCCGAAAAAAUAUUUGCCGCUAAUGGAGAAAAAACAAACAGUAUUUCUCCCAGCUUUAUUCCCACUAUUGCGUUUGAUGGAAAAUUUAAUCAGACUUACCAGGACGAGGCGUUAACGGAUUUCAAAAAGAUUAUAUGCCGACUGAUUUACAAUAGGUCGCCAGCGUGUUCUCGAAAUGAUCCAUUCAUUGUGUACUAAGUUUUAAAUCAUAAUAGACUAAAGAAUAUAUUUUAUUAUAAACAA